CAUUGCGUCGCGAGAUCUUUGCCGUGAAGGUUGUGGGCCGUGAUACGUGUUGCCGGGAAAGAAUAGUUACAUAUUUUACUUCCGUGAGUUUGUGUUUGUGGGAACAAUUCGGUAACGAAACUUUCUUCAACAGCUGGCCAUCAUUUGUAUGCAAAUGCAAAUCGGCUAAGAAGGCAGCAAAAGGAAGAGGAAGAACCACCGAGACAAGUGGAGUGUAGAAAGUGCAAAACAGGUUUUUUUUUAUAUGUUAACGAAGGCAAACGUGGCAAUAUAAGAAAUUAACACCACAAAAAGUGAUCGCUGGAUUAUCUCAUGUUCGACGACUGCUAAUUGAUCAGUGAAAGUGGGUAGAAAUCACAAAAUACAAUGCGCGGAAGAAAUGCCCGCUAAAUAUCGAUGAGCAAGUCGCACGCUAAAGCAAAAAUAAAAACAAAACGAGGAAACCGCUAUGUCUGCCACCUACACUAAUACAAUUACACAGCGUCGCAAGGCGGCCAAAGUGAAUAAUAAACAACCACAACAACAAUGGGCGGCCAGCGAUUUCAGCGGCGAAGCAAACGAAAGACUUCACUUUCGCAGCCGUUCAACAAACUCAAAAGCAACAACAACACACCCAUUUGCCAAAAACUCACCUUCACCACUGUGCUGUAACGGUGCUCUAACGCUGCUUAAUUGCUGCGUCGACGUCAACUGCCAUUUGAAUGCGCCGCUCCGUGGUAGCGUUAGCCGGCAUACGACACCAACUCCAACGCCGACUGCAACGCCAACGCCAACGCCAACAGCAACGCCAAAACAAUCCUCCCCCUCGCCAAACUCCGAUCGUUCGCGCUCCCUCUCACCAACGCCUUCUCGUUCUCGUUCGCUCUCCUGCCAUAAACGCAAGCAAAAGAGCAGUAUAUCAGCAGGAGGUGUCGCUGUUGAAGAAGAGAGAGAAACCGCUAAUACAAGUUCGCCGCCUUUUACCGUUAACCUGAAGAUCGAUCUCUUCAGUUGGGCUCUCUUUCUCUUGGCCUUCGGCACGCGUUUCUACAAGCUGGCAACGCCGCCGCAUAUUGUGUUUGAUGAACUGCAUUAUGGCAAGUACAUCUCAAUGUACCUGCACAACAUCUUCUUCUUCGAUCAACACCCACCGCUGGGCAAACAGCUGAUCGCCGGACUGGUCAACCUGGCCGGCUAUGGAGGCAACUACACAUUCACCCAGAUUGGGGAGCCCUAUUCGGCGGAUUUACCAAUUUUCUGGUUCCGAUUUGUGCCAGCCAUGUGCGGAAGUCUUUUGGCUCCCUCUGUUUAUAAGCUACUGCUGGAGGCAAAGCUGAGUCGUUGGUCAUCCGCUUUGGGUGGACUGCUCGUUGUCCUGGACAACUCCUUGUUGACACAAUCCCGUUUUGUUUUGAUGGAAUCAAUGCUGCUGCUGGCCACCACAUUGGGCAUCACUUUCUUGCUACGCUUUCAACGGUGUCGCCUGGGCAGUCUUCAGUGGUUUGUCAGUGGAGCGGCAGCCGCAGUCUUCUUGGGAGCAGCUGGAACAAUAAAGUACAUCGGAUACCUGGCGUUGGGUUUAGGCUUCUAUCUGCUAUGUCGACGCUUGUGGCAGCUUCUCUACGAUGCAAGCUUGACCGAUCGCCAGCUUUGGAUGCACGCCAUUAGUCGUCUGCUGAUCUUCGUUGGUAUUCCAAUCGCUGUCUACAUCGGAGUCUUCUAUGUCCACUUUAAAACCCUCUAUCGGGCUGGACCACAUGACAGCAUCAUGACAAGUGCAUUUCAAGCCUCACUGGAAGGUGGACUGGCUUCGAUUACACAAGGACAACCAGUGGCAGUGGUUCAUGGAUCCCAAAUUACUCUGCGCCACACCCAUGGUCGCACCUGCUGGCUGCACUCGCAUGCAGCCGUAUACCCAGUGCGCUAUCCAGACAAGAGAGGCUCCUCGCAUCAGCAGCAGGUCACUUGUUAUUCUUUCAAGGAUGUGAACAACUGGUGGCUGGUCAAGCGCCCGAAAAAGGAAAACCUGGUGGUUGGAGACAAACCAGAUGUUAUUCGACAUGGUGACAUUAUCCAAUUGGUCCAUGGAAUAACCAGUCGAGCUUUGAAUUCGCACGAUGUGGCUGGUGCAAUGACACCGCAAUGCCAGGAGGUCAGCUGCUACAUAGACUACGAGAUCAAGAUGGCAGGUGAACUGUUGUGGCGUGUGGAGAUCCUAAAUCGGCAAUCCACGGGCAACAAAUGGCACGCCAUUAAGUCUGAAGUAAGACUCAUUCACGUGACCACGGGUGCUGCUUUGAAAUUCAGUGGUCGCCAACUUCCGGAUUGGGGCUUUAAUCAGCAUGAGGUGGUGGCAGAUCGUGAAAAGUCAGUUCAACCGGAUACCAUUUGGAAUGUCGAAGAGCACCGCUAUACACAGACUGAGGACCAUCGGGAACGGGAGCGCCAGCUGCUGACUGCCGAGAUGAUACCCACCCACCGUACACGCAUUUCUUUCUGGGCCAAGUUAAUGGAGCUACAGUCUAAGAUGCUCUUCCAUACAAAAUCUUUGUCAAGUCACAUGUUCAGCUCGAUGCCGCACGAGUGGCCGUUGAUGGAUAAGGGCAUCGCCUACUGGUUGGACUCUGAGUCCAGUGCUCAGAUUUAUUUACUAGGAAACAUUCUCAUCUGGUACACGGCCACCACGGGAAUAGUUGUUUACGCCGCAUUACUUGCCUUCUACGCUGUACGACGACAACGUCUUUGUUUCGAUAUUUCGGAACAGGAGUGGCAGCGAUUCCUUGUUGCCGGCGAUACUUUCUUCGUGGGUUACCUGAUACACUAUUUGCCGUUCUUCUUUGUGGAUCGUACACUCUUCCUUCAUAAUUACUUGCCAGCUUUUGUGUUUAAGUUACUGCUAUUAUGCUAUGUCAUUGAGCAUUUGGAUUAUCUACUAAGGCGCUUCUGCACCGGACGUGGUGUCCACAUAGUGCGUGUGUAUCGCCUCAUGUUAAUCGUUUGGUUGGUCUGCGUUCUCAGCAUUUUCUCAAAGUUUAUACCAUUAAGUUAUGGAACGAGUAAAAUGACUACAAAACAGGUUCGCAGCCUGCGUUGGAAGGACUCCUGGGACUUUAUCCUGCACAAAAAUCAUAACCUGCACUGAAAAACCAUAUGCCAUCUCCGCGGCCAGAGAGACGUGCAAUGAUGUACUUUUAACAUGUACAAUAGACUAGAAGACCUAGCUAAAGUUGAACUAUUACUAAGCCAUAAAUUAUUUGACAUGUAAACAUACUCAUUUGCAAGACCAAUUAAAACAAUUAUUUAUUUAUUUAAAA